AUGCUAAUUGGAGGAAGCACGACGAAUACGAAGGUCAUGACAUUCAGCCCGGAGACCUCGUGGCAGGACUCCGGUGCCUCUCUCGCGGCGCCGAUUGAGAAAGACAUCACUGCUAUACGGGCGGUGAUCAUCACUGGAGAUGAUGGAUGCAAGAACCUUUACACCUUUGACAUGACACAGUCGCCGAACGAAGUCAACAGAACUGUUCUCAUUGACGGCAGUGGGGCACCAGUGCCUAACUCGGCACCCAUUACCAGGAGAUCAUUGAUUGACUCAUCAAAGAGGAGGAGUUGGAGGGAGCGGAGACAGACUCUGGGCGACUGGCCCCAGUACAAUGACACCUUGGCGCCAUCGAGCACACGAACUAAUUAUGCAGUGGCGGAGGACCCUAAUGGCUUGGUAGUAGUGGCUGGUGGUAAUGACGAUGAUGUCCUUUGCAUGUUCGAUGCGCGAGAGAACUCCUGGCAGAAUGCGACGGAAAAGCUGGUGGACCAGAAGGUGUUCGCUUUGUCGGAGCCGUCAUCCUCAUCGACGAUCACAUCGGCGACUGCCACCUCGACCUCGGGGACGAUCACGGCCACAUCGUCGUCUCAACCAUCAGAGACUGCUGCUGCUGCGGCUACCAAGACCCAAUCCAGCGGUCUCGGUACUAACAGUAUCCUUGGAAUUGUACUUGGUUCUAUCUUUGGUAGCGCAAUCAUUCUCGUCCUGCUAUACUUUUGCAUCAGGCGACAGCGAGCACGACAGGGAUUCAUGGAAGCCGGUCACAAUCGAAGAGCCAGUGGAGCAUCGUCUCCGGAGAAGGACGGAAUGGGUUUCGCAAAUGACAGCUUGCCUCCACGAUUAGGCGCAGGUGUCUUCCGGGGACACAAUCCACAGGACUCUCACGGAUCGGUUUCGUCUAUGGCUAUCUUGAUGGGCAAGGUCAACCAACAGAACAAGCAGCAGCAGCAGCAAGCCUCUGUUGGACGGAAGAUAAGCAACGGCACGAAGCGCAGCUCAUCCAGCAGUCUCUUCAACAAGCAAUUCAAGAGCACAAUCAGCAAGCCCAUUCCGCAGAUGGCUCAGAACCCGGUAGUAGUGCCCGGCCCUGAACCACUUCAGCCCCGUGAGGAGAAGGUCAUGUUUGCGAAGAACACGGCAGAGCCGAGGCCCGUGCCGCGCGGCAAUGUUCUCGACAGACAAGGGAGCACGAGACGUAGCUCUGGUUGGAACCGAUACUGGUCUGGGGGAAGUGCCUUGAAUAUUCUUGGCUUCGGUAAUGGCAACAAUAACGGUGCCAAUGCCGGAAAUCGUGCUACUGUCGACUCUGAUCAGAGCUCGCACUAUUCGAACCAACAGAACCGGAUCACGCAAGACUCAGCAACGGUACCGCCGCUGCAGAUCGACGGACGACCAAGGUUCAGCCGCGUCAACUCUGGAUCGCCUACCGUCGACCAAUGGCCAAGCAGGAUGCAGAAGGGGAUGAGUGCGCAGAUCGAGCGGCCAUCAAGCCGUGUCUCCGACAUGUCUGGGUACUCGAGUGGCAUUCCCGCCAGUGUUCAUGACACUUGGGACCCGACCUCGUUCUCGAACAAGCCCUGGGGUGCAGACCGUGCGCCAAGCAGCGCUUACAGUCUCUACACGACGCCUCUGGUUCCGCCAUCGCAGACUUCAAGACAACAGCAGCACCCACCAUCACGAGGAGGUGUUCCCAGUGGCGUCAGUCAACAGCCUCAGUUGGCCAUGGCCGCAACCUCUUCAGAUAUGAGUUGGCUGAAUCUCGGAGAGACGUCGCGCUAUUAG